AUGCAGCAGGUGGGCAAGCUCGCGCGCCCGUCCAGCGGCUGCAUUGGGCAGCAGAAGCGGUCGACGCGGACGACUCACGUCCCGCGGGCCCUCAGGGCGCGCGACGGCAUCGCGGCGGAAGGUGCGGCCCGGCUGGCCGAGUGGAAGGAGUCCGUCGGGAAGACUGCUGCUUCCCUCGCCCUCGCGUCCCUCGUCGGCCUCACCUCCGUCGCCGCGACCGUGCCGCAGGCCUAUGCCGCCGAUGCACAGUCCAGGCUCUCCGCGGCCGCCAAGACCGCGUGGGUGCCCGAGCAGUGGAGCUACGGGCAGCAGGUCGGACCGGUCGUCUGGGGCGGCAUGUGCGCCGAGGGCGGGCAGCAGUCCCCGAUCGAUCUCCACCCGAAGCAAGUUGACAAGGACCUCCUCCCUACGAGCAAGAACGCGACGCCCACGGUGAUGCUCAUGUACAAGGAGGUGCCCGUGAAGGUCGUCGACACCGGGCACGGCACGAUGCAGGUCAACUUCCCGACCGGCGAGAACAAGGCGAUGAUCAACGGCGAGGAAUACACGCUUCUGCAGUACCAUUUCCACACGCCGAGCGAGCACACGUUCGACGGCAAGCGCAUGGAGAUGGAGGUGCACUUCGUCCACAAGAGCAACGCCGGGAAGCUCGCGGUCGUGGGCGUCAUGAUGCAGACGCCUCCGAUUCAGGGCGGCAAAGUGGACGGCAACAACGGGUCCAACCCCGGGUUCGAGAAGACGCUGUCGAUGUCGCCCCGCAACGGCGAGGUGAUCACGGGCAGCAUGAACCCCGCGCAACUGCUCGGCCGCGACGCGUCGAACAUGAAUCUGGCCAUGUACGGCGGCUCGCUGACCACGCCGCCGUGCUCCGAGAAGGUGUCGUGGUUCGUCAACACGAAGCCCGUGACGGUCUCGGCGGGGCAGGUGCUCGCGUUCCAGUCGUACAUCGGCAAGGGCAUGGACCUUGGGCUGAACUCGCGGCCCGUGACGCCGCUGAACGGCCGCACGGUCAUUGGCGUGAACGGCGCGGCGGCGAGCGCGACGGACCUGAAGCAGUUCGCGCUCGGGCGGAGGUGA